CCUGCACACUCCUCCACACCCUGGCUCUGUCACCAGUCCUAUUGUGAUGUCAUAAGCUCCCAGGUGCCCAGUGCGCACCCAGCCACAGAGAAGUGGGUGACUUAGGAGUAUCCUCUCCACUUCUGACCCCUAGUUUCGUCCGCGCACAACUUGCUCAAAAUGGGCAACUCGCUAAGCAUAUUUUGUUCCUGGUUCCGCCGCAGGUCCCGGCGAGGCCGUCGGCAACGUGCUCGUCUAAACGUAUUUUGUUCCUGGUUCCAGCGCAGGUUCUGGCCACACCAUUGGCAUCGUGCUCGUCUUGUCUGUGAGGCCUUCCCAGCUGGCUGGGCUCACCCUGCGGCUCCUGCACCUAUGCCUGCCCCUGGAACCCUGGGCUGUUCCCGAUUCCUCUUCUACCCUCAGCGACAUCCUGGGCCUUCUUUUCCAGCCAGGUGGGACGGCGCCCCUACGAGGCUGUGUCUUCUCCCUCAGAACAGAGGCACCCCACGGAGGGUCCCGCCUCCUGUGGUCUGGAGCCCCCCCUCAAGGAAGAAACCCGUGCUGUCUGCUCGCAACUCCAUGAUGUUCGGACACCCCAGCACCGUGAGGAUCCCUCCUCUCAGAUGCAAGUUUAACCUCCAACUGCCUUCAUUAGAUGAGCAGGUGAUCCCAGCCAGGCUCCCGAAGACAGAAGAAGAGCCCGAAGAACCAAUGGAAGUGGAUCAGGUAGAGACCCAGGGGCAGGAGGAUGAGAAAAGGGGCCCCCGUAGCAAUGAGGAAGCAGCUUCCACCUCUAGGCCCCUGGAGACUCAGGGAAACCUCACUUCCUCCUGGUGCAGUCCCAGGCCCUUGGAGGGAAAUGUCCAUCUCAAGAGCUUGACAAAAAAGAACCAGAGUGACAAGGCCCAGGUGCAUGCAGUGAGUUUCUACUCCAAGGGCCAUGGAGUCUCCAGCUCACACAGCCCUGCUGGAGGCAUCCUUCCCUUUGGGAAGCCUGACCCAGCUCCAACAGUGCUCCCUGCCCCAGUUCCAACAGUGCUCCCUGCCCGAGUUCCAGCAGUGCUCCCUGCCCGAGUUCCAGCAGUGCUCCCUGCCCCAGUUCCGGGCUGCUCCCUGUGGCCAAAGAAGGCGGCCUUGAAGGUGCUAGGUAAAGACCACCUGCCCAGCUCUCCAGCGUUGCUUAUGCGGGGGAAGGACAUGCAGCGCAAAGAUCCUCCAGCUCUAGGAUCAAGUAGCUCUUCUCCACUCAGAGCUGCCGGCCACGAGUCCCGCAAAAGAAAGCUGUCAAGGUCACCGCUGCCGCUGCCACCGACCCCUCCCCUGCAACUGAGGUGGGAUAGAGACGAGCUGCCCCCACCCGCUAAGCUUCCCUGCCUGUCUCCUGAGGCACUGUUAGAGCUGGGUCAGGCUUCCCAAAGGGAAGGACGCCUCCAGCUGGGCAACAUGGAUAAGAACAUGGGGGUGUUAAGUAGAACAUCAAAAUCCAGGAGACGAAAACAGCCCCUUGGGAGGAGAAAGAAGAUACGGCAGCGCAGGCGCCGUGGCUCACGCCUGUAGUCCAGCACUCUGGGAGGCCGAGGCGGUGGAUCAGGAGGUCAAGAGAUCAAGACCUGAGGAGCAUCUCUGCCUGGUCCCUGUACCAUCUGGGAAGUAAGGAGCGCCUCUGCCCGGCCGCCUCACAGUCUGGGAAGUGAGGAGGGCCUCUGCCUGGCCACUGCUGGGUCUGGGAGGUGAGGAGCGGCUCUGCCCAGCGCCACCCCCACACCCCACUGUAUGGGAAGUCAGGAGGGUCUCUGCUUGGCCGUCUGACAAUCUGGGAGGUGAGGAGCACCUCUGCCUGGCCACCAACUUGUCUGGGAGGUGAGGAGCGGCUCUGCCCAGCGCCACCCCCCGACCCCACUGUAUGGGAAGUGAGGAGCACCUCUGCCUGGCCACCAACUUGUCUGGGAGGUGAGGAGCGGCUCUGCCCAGCGCCACCCCCCGACCCCACUGUAUGGGAAGUCAGGAGGGUCUCUGCUUGGCGACCUCACAAUCUGGGAGGUGAGGAGCACCUCUGCCUGGCCAUCAACUCGUCUGGGAGGUGAGGAGCACCUCUGCCCAGCGCCACCCCCCCCACCCCACUGUAUGGGAAGUGAGGAGGGUCUCUGCCUGGCCACCAACCCGUCUGGGAGGUGAGGAGCGGCUCUGCCCACCCACACCACCGUCUGGGAAGUAGGGAGCCUCUCUGCCCCUGCUGCUGUGCAACCCUCCAAGUGUGAAGUGACAUCCUUGUGUGUGAUAUUUCUGCCUUCCCCAAGUUUGCAUUUUCGACAUUAAAGUUUACAUUUAUUUAUUUA